UUUCAGCGAAAUGUCUGUGAAACAGAUUUCAGUUUUUCUGUUGAUUCAGCUGAUAUGCUCCUUUAGACUUGGAACUUGUGGAAAAGUACUGGUGUGGCCCACAGAAUACAGCCAUUGGAUAAAUAUAAAAGUAAUUGUGGAUGAACUUGUGCGGAGAGGUCAUGAAGUGACUGUUUUGACAUCUUCAGCUUCCAUCCUUAUUGAUCCUAACAGUGACUCUUCUAUUAAUUUUGAGAUUUACCCUGUACCUGUGAGUAAAGAGGAGCUUCUAUAUACGUUUCAAUCAUGGAUAGCUGAAUGGACACAUGACUUUCAAAAAUACCCCUUUUGGACAUUUUACUCAAAGUUGGAAGAAGUCUUUAGUAACUAUUCUGAUGUCAUUGAAAGCUUUUGCAAAGCUUUAGUUUGGAACAAGAGUCUUAUGAAAAAACUCCAAGAAUCUAAGUUUGAUGUCAUUCUUGCUGAUGCUAUUGGUCCCUGUGGUGAGCUGCUGGCCGAACUGCUUAAGACACCUCUAGUGUACAGUCUCCGCUUCAGUCCUGGAUACAACAUUGAAAAGUACAGCGGGGGUCUUACACUCCCUCCUUCCUAUGUGCCUGUGGUUCUCUCGGAAUUUAGUGACCACAUGACAUUUGUGGAAAGGGUGAAGAAUAUGUUGCAAGUGCUGUACUUUGACUUUUGGUUUCAAACAUUUAAAGAGAAGUCCUGGAGUCAGUUUUACAGUGAAGCCCUAGGGAGACCCACAACAUUAUCUGAGAUGAUCGGAAAAGCAGAUAUAUGGCUCAUUCGAACCUAUUGGGAUUUGCAAUUUCCCCACCCAUUUCUACCUAACUUUGACUUUGUUGGAGGACUCCACUGCAAACCAGCCAAACCAUUGCCUAAGGAAAUGGAAGACUUUGUUCAGAGUUCUGGAGAACAUGGUAUUGUGGUGUUUUCUCUGGGUUCAAUGGUUAAAAACAUAUCAUCUGAAAUGGCCAAUAUAGUUGCAUCUGCUCUUGCCCAGAUCCCACAAAAGGUUCUGUGGAGAUUCGAUGGUAAGAAACCAGACACCUUAGCAUCCAAUACUCGGUUGUACAAGUGGAUCCCCCAGAAUGACCUUCUUGGUCAUCCAAAAACUAAAGCUUUUAUAGCUCAUGGUGGAACUAACGGCAUCUAUGAAGCAAUCUAUCAUGGCAUUCCUAUUGUUGGUAUUCCAUUGUUUGCGGAUCAACCUGAUAAUAUUAACCACAUGGUGGCCAAAGGAGCAGCAAUUAGAGUAGACUUCAGCACAUUGUCAACUACAAAGCUUCUUACUGCCUUGAGGACUGUCAUUAAUGACCCUUCGUACAAAGAGAAUGCCAUGAGACUGUCAAGAAUCCAACAUGAUCAACCCAUGAAGCCUCUGGACAGAGCCGUCUUCUGGAUUGAGUAUGCCAUGCGCCACAAAGGAGCCAAGCACCUUCGCCCAGCACUCCAUGACCUCGCCUGGUUCCAAUACCAUUCUCUGGAUGUGAUUGGGUUCCUGUUGGCCUGUGUGGCAGCUGUGGUAUUCAUCAUCACAAAAUGUUGCCUCUUUUGUUGCCGUAAGACUGGCAACAAGGGUAAAAAGAAUAAAAAAGAAUAGCUGCAUUGAAGCCAGGAGAAUCUUGAGAGAUGGGCCUCUCGCGGCUGCUUCCAGCAAGAAGAGGCUGUGAUAGCAAAUCAUUUCCCUCUAAAACAAGACAGUUUCAUGGCAUCACUAAAGAUUGCUUUCAUGUAUUUCAUAUGUUUAAGACAGUGAAAGAUUUCAUGUCAAAUAUACACUAGGGGAUUGUGUAAACAAAAUCACAUGUUCUGUUUAGAGUGCUUUGAUGUAACUGAGGAGCUAUCCUCAACAACCCUCAUUGAGCUUACCUGUGGUUUGCAAAAUUCUCAUGGGCAGAAAAUGUAUCUAAAUACCAGAUAUGUUCACACAUGCCAAGCCUUCUCUGCCUUUGUUUGCUGAACAAUUUCCUUUCUUGUUUUUACUAUGCAUAAAGAAUAGUGUUCAGAUUACAGACUUUUGAAAUAGA